CUCCCGGAAGUCAGCGCUGCACGCAGUCAUGUACGGCCGCUUCGUGUCUCGGAAGAUCAGUCGCAUCCGAUGGCGGCCGGAGCCUGCCUCCGCGCUGCAGCCGCCGGAGAGUAUCGCCACCGGCUCCUGGGACGCGGAGCAGAACAAAGUAUGCCUUUGGGAGGCAUAUGGCACUGAUAACACUGAAUCAGAGCACUUGUUUGUGGAGGACCCUGAGCUCAAGUGUGAAAUAAACCACGAUGGUGAUGUUAUGGAUUUACAGUUUUUUGACCAGGAGAGGAUUGUCACAGCUUCGUCUACAGGAAGUGUGAAUCUAUUCCAACAUCAACCCAGCAGCGAGACUCUUACUCUUUCCCAGCGCUGGGACCGUAUCCACUAUCAUUUGAACACCAGCGCCCCCUGCACCAGCGUGGUUUGUAGUUAUCCUGACAUUGUUACCGUUGGGGAGGAUGGACGAAUCAAUCAUAUCCUAGCUGACUUGAAGGAACCGGUGCGGGUCAUAGAUAAUGCUGACAGCAGUUCACUCAAUGCAGUUACGUUUCUGCGAACUACAGAGAUUUUGACAGUCAAUUCUAUUGGGCAGUUGAAAAUCUGGGACUUCAGAAAACCAGGAGACAAACCAUUACAGAUAUUUUCUUUCACAGAUGAACGAGUGCCCCUGCACUGUGUAGACAGACAUCCGAGUCAGCAGCAUAUAGUGGGGACAGGUGGCCAGGAUGGAACACUAUGUAUCUGGGAUAUCAGACAAGGAAGUGUUCCGAUCUCCGUGUUGGAUGCUCAUUCUGCAGAAAUGUGGGAAAUUCAUUUUCACCCUUCCAACCCUGAUCAUGUCUUUACCUGCUCUGAGGAUGGGACUUUGUGGCAUUGGAAUGCAUCUGUUGUUAAUUCUGAAAAACCGUCUUAUCUUCAAGGUAACAGAAGCUUUAUGUUGAAUAAUUCCAAAGUUGACUUGAACCAGUCAGUGAGCAGUGCAUGGGUCGCCAGUGAUAUUACAAAAGGAAAAGUCGAUGCCAAAAAUCUACUGUCGGAUUACAGUUUGUCUGUCAAUAGUUUGGAUGUCGUGGGAGAGCAUUUAGUCUGUGGAACAGAUGCAGAAGCUAUUUACAUUACCAGAAAUCUGCAAGUCUGAAUAAGCAGAUUUAAAUUACUGAACAUGAACUAAUACUCUAAAACCAAAAGCCUUGCCAUUAUGCUGAGCAACAACAAACGUACUUGGAUAACUUUAAUAAAACAAUCCUUCAAAAGUG